GGGUCCUCCGGGUGGGCUAGAGCGGCGCGGCCGCCUGUCGCGAGCGGCCAUGGAGGAUGAGAAGAGCUUCUCGGACAUCUGCGGCGGCCGCCUGGCCCUGCGGCGCCGCUACUACUCGCCGUACUGCUGCGAGUUCGGAAUCACUUCGGCUCGGCUGUCGCUGUGCUCGCUCAGCGCCGUCACCUGCGCCGUGUGGCUGGCGGCCUACGGGCUCUUCACCCUGUGGGAGAAUAGCAUGAUCCUCUCUGUGGCCAUCUUUAUCAACAUCGUAGGCCUGCUUGGUUACCUCCAUUUUGUGAAGGUUGAUCAGGAGACUCUGCUAAUCAUCGAUUCACUUGGCAUCCAGAUGACUUCAUCCUAUGCUUCAGGCAAAGAAAGUACCACCUUCAUAGAGAUGGACAAGGUCAAGGAUGUUAUCAUUAAUGAGGCUAUUUACAUGCAAAAGGUCAUUUACUAUCUCUGCAUUUUACUGAAGGAUCCAGGGAAGCCACAUGAGGUAUCUCAAGUAGUUCCUGUCUUCCAGAGUGCCAAGCCCCGGUUGGACUGCUUGAUUGAAAUAUACAGGAGCUGCCAGGAGAUUCUGGCACACCAGAAAGCCACGUCAACAAGGCCAUGAGUCUCAACAUUCAAAGACCCGUAUUGUCUUUAUGGAGAGGAUCUGAAGCCAUAGUGGCUGGUUUACUUUCUGUACAUGUAAAACCACCAGGGGACAAAGCUGAGGGAGUCAGAAUGGAUACUCAUAGAGGAGGCAGCUGAAGCGUGACUUGGAGUUUCGAUGUACAGUGAUGUGGGGUUACAGGUUUUAUCUACUUUACCAAUCAAGGGGCGACCUUAAGGAUUUUGACAUAGUGGCGCAUGCCUUGAUUCCCAGUACUCAAGAGGCAGAAGCAGGUGAUCUUUUGAGUUUGAGGCCAUCAGGGCUACAGAGUGAGGACCCCCACACAAAACAAGUAAUGUUCACACAGACCACUCUGUGAAGUUUCUAAGUACUUCAUGUUUGUCUUAAAAGCUGUGGAGUAUUGAGACUGGUACCAGAUUUCACAAGAAAAAUAUAUCCAUCUGCAUAGACUAUUGUCUAAAAGUUAGGGGAAAAUAAGUCAAGUUUUUUUUUGUUUGUUUGUUUUUAAUUAGCAGGAAUAAAAUGCCUUACAAAU